AUGGAUUUGAGAUCGAUAUACUUGUUGCCCGUGCAUUGGUACCUGUUGUGGGCGGUGCUGGUGCCCGUGUGUCUGACCGUUAUCCCUCCCCGUCCUUAUCGUGCGUACGUCUCCACGGCGCUCCUCUACGCGGUCUUGGUGAAGGCCCAGUUCUUCUCUCCCAUCGACACUUCGGGCGGGGAUGCCUCCGUAGCACUCAUUCUGCAGGGCGUGCUCCUCAACCUCUUCUUCUACACGUUCAACCUCUUCUUCCUGGUGGAGUAUCCGGAGCUCACGGACUACAGACCCAGGUACGAGACCCGGGAGCACGUACGGGCGCUGCGGCCCUGCACGUGGCAGAAGUUCAGCUGGUGUGUGCAGCGCUCCGUCCUGGUGUCCUUGACGGGGAAUGGCUGGAACUGGCAGAUGUCUAGCGUCGAGCACCACAGGCGCCGGCUGCACGUCUCCACAUGGUUGAAACACUUUCUCGUCAACAAGCUGCUCGUCGGCUACACCCUCUACGACGUCUUCUUUCACAUCUACUUGUCGACAGCCUACAUUCGCACCCAGGGGUGGGGCCCGGGCCACACCCGGGACCUCGUGCUCUUUGCCAGCGACUCAACGCUCCCCGUCUGGAAGCAGCUAAUCUUGGCGAUCGGCUCCGCCUACUGCAUCCACUUCGGUAUCGACACGCUUUACACGCUCACCAUGAUUGUGCACGUCUUUGUGCUCCGCACAGCGUCCAUCGACGAGUUCCCGCCCUUGUUUGGCUCCUUCCAGGGCCAGUACACCGUCCGCUCGCUGUGGGGGAACGUCUGGCACAAAUUGAUGUACCAGUUGGCCAUUCCGCAGUCCAAGUUUCUGGCCGGCUGCGAUUACAAGGCCACCCACCGGAACGACCGCCCCCGCUACGGCACAGAAACCUGGCGCAAGUAUCUCAUGUUCUUCCUCGUCUUCACCUUCUCCGGGAUCUUCCACGCAGCGGGCACGCUCAACAUGCCCUGGUCCCUCGGCGCAGGCUACAACACCAACAGCCCCUUCUCGGGCAUUCACUCCGGCACCCUGAGUGGCGUCCUGUCGAGGUGCUUCUACUCGUUCAUCUUCUUUCCUGCUCAGUUUGUUCUCAUCAUCCUGGAAACACUCGUCCAGACAUUGUGGAACAAGUGUCUGCGCAUCCGACUCCCUCCAGCCGUAACAGCGGCCAUCGGACUGACCUGGAUUUGUCUCUCCGAGGUGUACCUCUUGCAGUUUUACAUCGACGAGUUGACCAAGUCAGGCUUCAACGUUGCCGAGUUGGUGGUGCCCUUCACCCCCGUCCACUACAUUUUUUCUCACUUCAACAUCAGAUUCUGA